AUGACGGCCACGGCUGCAGUGGAGACACAAAAAAUGGAGAAGAAUGCCUCCAAGGAAGAGAAACAACAGUCUAAGCAGGACAGCAUGGAGAAAAGCAAUGCUGACUCAGAAGAGUGGAUGAACUCUGAAUGUGACCCUGAACAGAUGAUCCUUAAGAGCAGCAACAAUGACAAUAGUUACCAACCUGGGGAUGUUUACUUGAAAAAAAAGGAAAUUCCCUCUAAGCCACACCGUCAGCUCUAUAGAUCACCCUGCUUAGAUCAUCCAAGCUUCUCCCAGAGCAGCAUUCUGCAAGAGGGGAAGCUUGACUUGGAAAAGGAAUACCAAGCCAAGAUGGAUUUUGCUCUAAAGCUGGGCUAUGCAGAGACACAGAUUCAAUCAGUGUUGAACAAGUUGGGCCCAGAAUCACUUAUUAAUGAUGUAUUGGCAGAGCUCGUCAGACUUGGGAACAAAGGUGAUUCAGAAGGACAGGUCAGCUUGAAUCUUUUAGUGCCUCGGGGUCCCAACUCCAGAGAGAUCACAAGUCCUGAACUGUUUCUUGAAGAUGAAAUAGACAGCAGUGAAAAUUUGAGGCCAGUUGUCAUAGAUGGAAGUAAUGUGGCAAUGAGCCAUGGGAAUAAAGAAGAGUUCUCCUGCAGAGGAAUACAACUUGCUGUGGACUGGUUUCUAGACAAAGGCCAUAAAGAUAUUACUGUAUUUGUGCCUGCAUGGAGAAAGGAGCAAUCCCGCCCUGAUGCACCAAUUACAGAUCAAGAUAUCCUACGUAAACUGGAGAAAGAAAAGAUUCUUGUCUUCACACCAUCCCGAAGGGUCCAGGGCAGGAGAGUUGUCUGUUAUGAUGACCGGUUCAUAGUCAAAUUGGCUUUCGAUUCCGACGGCAUCAUUGUAUCUAAUGAUAACUACCGAGACCUUCAAGUUGAAAAGCCAGAAUGGAAGAAGUUUAUAGAGGAGCGGUUGCUGAUGUAUUCUUUUGUGAAUGACAAAUUUAUGCCUCCAGAUGAUCCUUUAGGACGUCAUGGCCCAAAUCUUGAAAAUUUCUUGAGAAAGAGACCUGUUGUUCCAGAGCACAAGAAGCAACCAUGCCCUUAUGGCAAAAAAUGCACCUAUGGCCACAAGUGCAAAUACUACCAUCCGGAGCGGGCCAACCAACCACAGCGUUCGGUGGCUGAUGAGCUCCGCAUCAGUGCCAAACUGUCCACAGUGAAAACCGUGAGUGAAGGCACCCUGGGCAAGUGCGGCACAGGGAUGUCUAGUGCCAAAGGUGAGACAACCUCAGAAGUCAAACGUGUGGCCCCCAAGCGCCAAUCAGAUCCCAGCAUCCGGUCCAUGGCUGUGGAGCCUGAGGAAUGGGUGUCCAUUGCCCGUAAGCCUGAGGCCAGCUCUGUCCCCUCACUUGUGACUGCCCUAAGUGUCCCCACAAUCCCACCCCCCAAAAGCCAUGCAGUGAGUGCACUCAACACCCGUUCAGCCAGCAGCCCGGUGCCAGGAUCCUCUCAUUUCCCCCACCAGAAGGCCUCACUGGAGCACAUGGCCAGCAUGCAGUACCCCCCGAUCCUGGUUACCAACAGCCAUGGGACCCCUAUUAGCUAUGCUGACCAAUACUCAAAGUUUGAGUCCUUGGGGGACCAUGGCUACUAUUCAGUGUUAGGCGACUUCUCCAAACUGAACAUCAAUAGCAUGCAUAAUCGAGAGUACUACAUGGCUGAAGCAGACCGAGGGGUAUAUGCCCGAAAUCCCAGCCUCUGUCCUGACAACCGUAUGAGCCAUACCAGGAAUGACAACUAUUCCUCUUACAACAAUCUAUACUUGGCUGUAGCUGAUAGUCAUCCUGAAGGCAAUUUGAAGCUACAUCGCUCCGCAUCUCAGAACCGUCUUCAGCCUUUUCCUCAUGGUUACCAUGACGCCUUAACGCGAGCACAGAGCUAUGGCCCAGAGGAUUCUAAACAAGCCCCCCACAAGCAGUCAGUUUCCCACUUAGUUUUGCAAGCCCAGCAUCCAGCAACUGGAGCCUGCUCCAGCUGUCCUGGAGACUACCCUAUGCCUCCCAAUAUCCAUCCUGGGGCAACCCCUCAGCCAGGACGUGCCCUUGUAAUGACUCGGAUGGACAGCAUUUCUGACUCCCGCCUCUAUGAGAGCAACCCCAUGAGGCAAAGACGACCUCCUCUGUGCCGGGAACAACAUGCCAGCUGGGAUCCAUUGCCCAGUGUAACUGAUUCCUAUGGCUACCACUCCUAUCCCUUGAGUAACAGCCUCAUGCAACCAUGCUAUGAGCCAGUCAUGGUACGGAGCGUGCCUGAAAAGAUGGAACAGCUUUGGAGGAAUCCUUGGGUUGGAAUGUGCAAUGAUAACAGGGAGCAUAUGAUCCCAGAGCACCAGUAUCAGACUUAUAAGAACCUCUGCAAUAUUUUCCCUUCAAACAUCGUCCUUGCAGUGAUGGAGAAGAAUCCCCACACUGCAGAUGCCCAACAACUGGCAGCUUUGAUUGUUUCUAAGCUUAGGGCUGCUCGUUGA